AUGACCAAGACCGUUGCUGAUCUUAUUGAAGCCCAUAAGUAUCCCUCAGGGUUUCGCACCAUUCCCAACUAUCGCCGAAGUCAACAAGGUUACCAAGCCUCGCCUUACCAUCUCGCUUGCGUCGAUCCUCGAUGUAGCGUCGACAAGUUCAUCGACUUCAGCCUCGGGGUCCUAGAGGGUGAAAUGGUCAUGGUCUCGCGGAAUGCCGGCGGCAACGUCCGAUUCGCUGUCCGGGACAUCCUUCUUCUAGACACGCGAUUCGUGAUCGACGAGCUCGUUGUUGUUCAUCAUACUGAUUGUGGCUCAACCAUGUUUACCAACGAAUGGAUGCGCGACACUGUUAAAGCGCGAGUUGGUGAGAGUCAUUGGGAGGAAAUUGAUAAGAUUGACUGGGGCGCCAAUACUGACAUGGGGGACAGCGUUAGAGGUGACCUCGAGUGGCUACGUAAGAACCAAGUUAUUAGGGACGAACUCAAGAACACGGCUCGUGGAUUUCUGUUUGAUAUCAAGACUGGAAAGGCUGAGGAGAUUAGACUUGCUUAG